AUGCCGCGAUUUAAUCGCCGCGAGCAGCUUCCGCUGCAUGUCAAGCGCGCCUUAUGCCUUCAUCAGGUCGAAAACCCGCGCCUCCGUCACGUUGACCUCGCCCGCUGGUGUUUCUCUCAAUACGGCUUGCGUCCGGACCGCUCCACCGUCGGCCGCAUUUUGAAAAGCGCCGAACGCUGGGCUGUCACGGCAACGGGCGACAACCAUGUUCGCCGUCGAGGUGGCGCGUGGCCUGAGCUGGAACAGGCCAUGGCGCGUUGGAUUGCAAACGCCGGACCCGCUGGCGUUCCUCUAACGCUGCAGACGAUCCGCGACCACGUUGCGACAAUGGCGCGGAACAUGGGCAUCCCGCCCGGCUUCCGCUGCUCCAUUGGCUGGGUGCGCCGUGCGUUGCGGUGCCAGGGGGUGAGAUGUCGUGCAUCGGCAGGCGAGGCUGCCAGCGCCGACAUGGCUGUCGUGCGUGACGCCCGCGACAAGCUGCCGCACCUGCUCACGCACCUCAGCCUCAGCCCGCGCGACACUUACAAUCUGGACGAGACAGCCCUCUGGCUGUCUGUGCUGCCGCGGAGGACUUACAGCAACGCCCGCAUACCAGGGCGCAAAAUCUCCAAGGACCGCCUAACCGUGGCGUUUCUCGUGAACGCGGACGGGAGCCACGCAUUCCGGCCGUUGGUCAUCAGCAAGGCGAGGCGCCCCCACGACUUCCGCCCGGAUUACGACCCCGAAGCCGUCUGCUAUUGGCGGCACAACGCCAAGGGUUGGAUGACCGCUCCAACCUUCACGGCACUGUGGAACGACGACGGUGCGACGAGCGCCGUCGCACGAGGUGCUGGGUGGCGCACUAGAUGCCUGCCGCUGUCGUGGUCGCUGGAGUUGACCCAUGUUCACGACGACGAGCCGACCCCGCAUCCCUAUCCCGACAUCGAGCUCGAUGAAGACAUCAACGACGUCGGAACUCUCAUUAGCUCCCUCGGUCUCGGGAACGGCGCGAUGACCGCCGCGAAAUACGUGGCGAUCGACGACGGUGAGCCAACGUCCGCCGAGACCGCGGCGGAGCUUCUGACUGAUGAGCCGGAAGCGGCCUUGGUGGCGACGCUAUGGAGGGCGCCGACCACGAUGCAGGCGGUGUACGACGAUGCGGACCCCGUGGGCCGUGAAGCACGACGCACUGCCCGGGCGGCCUGUGAGAUGCUCAUCGGCUAUGCGCGCGCCGUGAGCGUGACGCCGCGCGACCUCUGCUACCUCUUCGACAUACGCAAUCCCGUCAUCCUCGAGCGCAUGGAGCGGGCAAGCCCCCCCAUUAAUCUCAACAUGGCCCCGCCGCGUGUGCUCACUCCGGGCUCAACGCCCACGCCCGACACCCUUCGUCCGCGCGGCCGUGUGCUGCCUGGCUGGAUGACCCAGCCAUCCCGCCGGCAGCAGCUGCUGGACGGCGGUGUUGGCGCCGCCAUGGGCGGGUAG